GAGCAACACAAAGUCCUUCCCUUUAUUUGCUCUCUCGAUUCGGAGCCGCCAUUCUGAUCGACGCGAAUUUCUCGCUCCAGCUACUGGGUUCCACUAAUCGAAGGUUUUCACGGCGAAGAAUCUAGGAAGCGAAGAUGUCGGUUAACCAGGAAGAAGACAAGAAGCCUGGCGACGCUGCUGCUCACAUCAAUCUCAAGGUCAAGGGCCAGGAUGGCAAUGAAGUGUUCUUCAGGAUCAAGAGAAGCACUCAGCUGAAGAAACUGAUGAAUGCUUACUGUGACCGGCAAUCCGUGGACAUCAACUCGAUCGCUUUCUUGUUCGAUGGGCGUCGUCUCCGUGGCGAGCAGACUCCCGACGAGCUGGAGAUGGAAGACGGUGAUGAGAUCGAUGCAAUGCUUCACCAGACCGGAGGCGAUAUGGCCUGACCUGAUAACAAUAAUUCUAGGGUUUUAAUGUUUCUCGUGAGAUGGUAUUGUGAAUGGAUAAUAUCUUUCGGACAACAUAAGAUUUUCCAUGUCUUGUUGGUUUAUGUGACCAUUGUCCGUUAGAACAAGACAGGUCACUCACUAUAUAAACCUUCUGUUUCAUCGUUUGGUAGUAUUAUGAUGGUAAUCGUUUGCUAA